AUGGAAGAACCGAAACCAGGAUCUAGGACCGCACUGCAAAAAAUCAAGAAUACACUAGGAAGAGGAAGAUUACCUCAAGUUUUUCAACAGGGAGGGUUACUGAGGCCUUUUCGUUUGCUCCGGCAGGAUGUGAAGAAUAUCUCUGGCAGAUAUGUGAGUGAUUGGACGGUGUUUAAUCAACUCAUUUUUGCGAGUGCGGUAUAUGUGUUUUUUACGAAUCUGUUGCCUGGAAUCACCUUCGCAAGCGAUCUCUACGUUCAGACGGGCCAGAACUGGGGGACCAUAGAAGUGGUCUUUAGCACCGGACUCUCUGGAAUAAUAUUUUCUCUCUUCUCCAUCCAACCCCUCACCAUCCUUGGAGUCACGGGACCGUUUUCUGUACUGGCGGAAAACAUUUACGAUCUGUGUAUUCACAGUUUCGAGAUUCCCUUCUUACCUUUUAUGGCAUGGAGUCUUAUUCACUCGGCCUGGAUGCAUUAUCUCCUGGCCAUUUUCAAUGCUCAUGACUGGACCAUGCGCUAUGUGACUGAAUUCAGCUGUGAAAUCUUUUCACUGCUGAAUUCUAUAAUUUAUUUCCACAAAGCUGUGCAAGAGUUGGAGAGAGCGCAUGCGAGACUGGACUAUGCAAGUUUCUUGUAUGCGAUUAUUGGAGCUGCUGGAACUUUCUUGCUCGCGUUAUUCUUGUCCACGGCGCAGAGUUGGAAACCGCUGUUUGGGAAAUAUGUGAGGUUGGGGUUGACGGAGUAUGCGGCGGCGAUUUCGAUCAUCUUCUUCAUCGGGAUACCAUAUGCAGGUGAGCUUGCACAUUUGGAUAAAGAUACUUUGCAGGUGUCUACAUCUUUCCGACCUUCCCUUCCCUCACGAGACAUUUUCUUUGUCAGGUUUUGGGAGAUUGGGGUUGAGUGGGUGUUUGCGGCCAUGAUUCCUGGAGCUAUCAUUACAGUCUUGUUUUUCUUUGAUCACGAGGUUAGUAGUAUUAUUUGUACAAUUGAUAGGUAUGGGUGUGAGAAACCGGGGGGCUUUGCGUUGGACAUCGUGUUACUCGGUACUACUACUGCUUUGGCUGGCAUCUUGGGGAUUCCUCCGGCGAAUGGACUUUUACCGCAAGCUCCUCUGCAUUCGGAGAGUUUGAUGCGAGAAGUCGAGCAAGAGCAGAUUGUCAUUCAAGGAGAUGGGACGGAGAGGGUGGAGAUGAAAACGGUGAAUAGGGUUUAUGAGCAGAGGUGGAGUGCUUUUUUGCAUGCUGGUGGUAUCAUGCUGUUUGUGAGUCCGCCGUUUAUGCAUGUGUUGGGUUUGACACCUACAUCUGUAUUGGCCGGCUUGUUCAUCUUCAUGGGAGAGCAGAGUUUGGCUGUCAACCCGAUUCUCUAUCGCACCUUUUCCAUCUUGACACCGCCAUCAGAGCUUCCUGCUCUACCAAAGACGAUUUCUAGCUACUGGCCUAUUCACGCCUACACGCUAACACAAAUCGUACUCACAAUCAUCAUCUUCAUCGUCACUCUGACAAUCGCCGGGCCAGCCUUUCCAGUCUUGAUCAUCAUGUUGGUCCCCGCCAGACUUUUACUCAUGAACAAGAUCUGGAAUCGCGAGACUUUACGCUUUGUGGAUGCAUGGGCUUGUAGAGAUGGUACGCCCGAAGGAGAUGAAGAUGGGAAGAAGAUGCAAAGAGCGAGGCUAGAACAGGAGAAUGUGGACUUUCCUGUGAGAAGGGAUGAUGAUGUUGAGGCAGGAUCGAGGGGGAUGGAAGGUACGAAGACCGAGUGAUGAUUAGCUCUUCAAUCACGCCUGCAGACUUUACAUGUCCAUUUUGCUCACUUGUCAUCUCGUUGAGUCCUCAUGAUAUCCUACUGCUUGAUUUCUUCUCUUUGCCUCGGGACUGUUUCUCGUAAUAUACUCUGUAGGACCCUGUCUAACAAAUCGUAGAUUCUAGGAUCACUGGUGGUGGAUACGUUGAAUGUAUAGUGUGCAACACA